GCAAGUGGUACGGCGUGCGUUCCUACCUGCACCUUUUCUACGAGGACUGCACCGGUGCAAGCCCAGGCGAUGACUUCAGCAAGGCUCCAGCCUGCAGCAGGUGGACCUCUGUCCUCUGGAAGAUACUGGGGACAAACAACAAGGGAGCACGGCUGGCUUUAUACCCGGUUUGUAAGCUUCACGGAAGCAUCUGCAUGGCCGGUGUGCUGGAGGCAGAAUGCUAGACGGCGUGGCACUUUAGUUGGCUCCCGCAAGGAUCUUCAUUCUAACAUGUUUGGAGGCGUUUGCUGGCUGCUGGCCAAGACUCAGGGUCAUCGCAAGGCCGAUCCAGCGGCACAGGAGCAACAGAAGGAGAGCCAGGUCCAAGUGGGGCUGCGACUCCGGAACCCAGUGACCCUCUCCACAGGGACCCUGCUGUUGCUCAUCGGAGCUGCAGCCCUGGCCACGGGGUACCUCCUGCCCCGCAAGCUGGAAGGAAUUGGCGAAGAAGAAGAGUUCCUGGUGCUUGAUCAGCAGGCUGUGGAGUACAACCAUGCGCUGGGGAUUUGCCGGGCGGUGGGCACGGUCCUGUGUGCCAUGGCGGGAGCUCUGCUUGUCAGCUGCGUUCUGUGCUCCAGGCUCUGCAGGGGUGGCCAGUGGGGGGAAGAUGGGCUGGACAAGGAGGAGCAGGAGAGUCCUCCCCCCGGGCAGCAGCGGGGGGGCACCAUCGUCACAGCAGCCCCAGCGCCCUUCAGGCCUCUGUGUGUGCAGAGCGUCCAGCCAAAGAGAGAGACCUAAUGCCAGAUGCCUGCUGGGGUGGCCUCCAAGGCCCAGAAGCCUCAGUGGACUCACUAGCACACAGAGCCACCAGCUCUGAAGCCAUCCCUUCCUGCGAGAACCUCCCCUCUGCAUACAGGCCCAGGGCCAGCAGAAAUGUCGCGGGUGAAGCUCUUCCCGUUAUCGAGUCGAAGCAAGAGGAAAAGCUUCCGCUGCUACAUGUUUGUGUGCCAGGCUCCUGUCAAAAAGGCCCAGGAGCAGCAGGCCCAGGACAACAGAUGGCAACCCUAUUCCCACCCCACAGACAAGCACCCCUACUCUAUUAGAAUCGGAGCAAACCCAACGUCCUGAUCCUCCAUCUGUUUUCAACAGAUGCUGCUGGAAGUUCACAAGCAGGGCACCUGGGUGAUGAACAUUUCCUGGGGCUUGCUCCCAAAGCUGGUGUUCAGUGGUAGACUGCUUCCAGAUAUGGAGGCUUUGUUCCUAGCUGUCCUGGCUAAUCACCAGGAUAGAGCUAUGUCGACAUGGAAAUGGUAGAAACCGGCUUGACAGGCUGCCUUGCCAGAGAAGCGCUGCUUGUUCCAGAUAAUCUGAGAGAGGGAAACGGCUUGAAUGCAAUGGCCUCAGGCUGCCAUUGCUCACACAUCAAACACAGAGCCAAUGGACAUUUUCCACAUUCCCCUGAAAGGUGAACCAGCAUGUUAUUGUGGUCAGAAUGCUGGACUAGCAUUGGAGAGACCCGAGUUCAAAUCCCUGUUGAGCUAUGAAACUCACUGGAUAAUUCUGGGUCAGCCACUUCUCUCUCAGCCUAACCUACCUCACAGGGUUGUUGUGAGGCUAAAAAUAACCAUGUACACUGAUCUGGACUCCUUGGAGGAAGAGCAGGACAUAAAUGUAAACAUGAAUAAAUAAGCAUUUGGUUCAUUAA